UAAAAAAUGGGAAGAUGUAAUCAAAAUAUCUGACAAAUGGUCAAAAUCUGAAUCCCUACGACAGCAGAAUCCGAUUGAAAAUUUUCAACGAAGUUUGGAAUGAAGAACAAAUUCGAUCAACCAAACUAGCCAUUUUGAUCUGAGAACAGUAGUAGUAUGAUGCAACUGAAGACCAUAACCCCUUCCCCACCGCCACAUCCGCCGCCAGGCCUCCGAUUGUUCCCCGCCGCCGAUAGAUCACGAAAAUUCCACCAGCUUCUGGUCCUCCUCCUCACCUUCUCCGCCUACGCCGCUUUCCAUGCUUCCCGUAAACCCCCCAGCAUCGUCAAAGCCAUUUUCACAACCCCACUCAACCAAACCCUACCAACCGAGAAUGGAACCGGCUGGGCCCCCUUCGAUGGCCCCGACGGCCCGCACCGUCUCGGCGAGCUCGAUCUCUCCUUCCUAUUGGCUUACGCCAUCGGCAUGUAUUUCGCCGGUCAUUUGGGGGACACCGUCGAUUUGCGAAUUCUAUUGACUUUUGGGAUGGUUGGGAGCGGCAUUUUCGUCACGAUUUUCGGAUUAGGGUAUUUUCUCGAUUUGCAUUCAUUUAGGGCUUUUUUGAUGAUUCAAUUGCUGUGUGGCCUGUUCCAAUCGAUUGGAUGGCCGUGCGUGGUGGCGGUGGUGGGGAAUUGGUUCGGUAAAUCGAAAAGGGGGUUGAUCAUGGGGGUGUGGAAUUCACACACCUCUGUGGGUAACAUUGUAGGGUCAGUGGUGGCUUCAUCUGUGCUGGGGUUUGGGUGGGGCUGGUCGUUUCUCCUCCCCGGGUUUCUGAUCAUGGCUGUGGCGGUUUUCGUCUACUUGUUCCUUGUUGUGCACCCGGAAAUCGUGGGGUUUGAGGUGCCCGGGGAGAAUGCAGAGUCUGAUGUGGAGGGGGUGGCGUUGGUUGAGUCGAGGAAAGUUGAGAACGGGGAUGUGGAUGUGGAUGUGGUGGAGAGUGAGGAUGAUGGGGGUUUGGCUGCUAUUGGUUUCUUGGAUGCGUGGAGGUUGCCAAAUGUGGCGUCUUUUGCAUUCUGCUUGUUCUUUUCCAAGCUGGUGGCUUAUACGUUCCUGUAUUGGUUGCCAUUUUACAUUAGGAACACUGCUGUUGCUGGUGUGCAUCUGUCUCAUAAAACAGCUGGGAUUCUCUCGACGAUCUUUGAUAUUGGAGGUGUUUUUGGUGGAAUUUCAGCAGGUUACGUAUCAGAUAUGAUUGAGGCUCGUGGUGCUACAUCAGUUAUAUUUUUACUGCUAUCCAUUCCAGCCCUUAUUUCUUACCGCCUUUAUGGAAGCAUAUCAAUGUUCACGAACAUUUCACUGAUGUUUGCAUCUGGCUUACUCGUAAAUGGACCCUACUCGCUGAUAACAACCGCAGUCGCUGCUGAUCUUGGCACCCAGAGCAUGAUUAGAGGAAGCUCCCGUGCAUUAGCUACCGUUACAGCAAUCAUAGAUGGCACCGGUUCUGUAGGUGCUGCUCUUGGCCCUCUUCUGGCUGGAUAUAUUUCUACUAGAGGAUGGAAUAGCGUUUUCUUCAUGCUUAUUGUUUCGAUUUCUUGUGCUGCGUGUUUGUUGAUUCGUGUUGUCAAGAAUGAAAUUAAGGGGAAGCUGAAUGAGGGCAGAUGGCUAUGGCUUAGCAUAGUUGAUAGGUAAGGUGAUCAUGCCACAUUUGUUUGUAUUCUUUUUCCAAUUGUAUUCAUAGCUUAAUGUGGCUUCAUUCUUUGUGUGCAUUUAAAGGUAUAGUUAGGAAGUGUAUAUUUUCAGAAGCAUAUACAUUCCAGAGAUCUGAUUUCAGAGAUUUGAAUACAAAAUCGUUGCCUUAA